AUGCUGAGUAAUAACCAGUUUGACUGUCUAGAUAUAGAUGAAUGUGCAACACAGAAACUAUGCAAUGGCACCUGUUUUAACACUCCAGGGUCAUACAAUUGUUCUUGUCCAGUUGGAUAUAAACUACAGAAUGAUAAGAAAACCUGUCAAGAAUGUGAUGCCUAUCACUGGGGAGAGAACUGUGCCACAGAUUGUAACUGCAGCACAAGAGGUACAUCAAGAUGUGACCCCACGCAAGGAUGUCAGUGUAAAGCUGGCUGGGCAGGAACUUGGUGCCAGGAUGAUAUUGAUGAAUGCUCAAGUCUUGUACCACCAUGUCCUGUAACAUCAAGUUGUGUCAACACAUUUGGCUCUUUUUAUUGCCAGUGUAAAGAGGGAUAUUCAUUUGUUAACAAUACUUGUACAGAUAUCAAUGAAUGUUUGAGUUCCCCAUGUGACCAGAUCUGCACUAACACACAAGGCAGCUUCCAGUGCUCUUGUUAUUCUCAAGGUUUUAUUUUUAAUGGAACACAAUGCAAUGAUAUAAAUGAAUGUGCUGUAAAAGAGUUAAAUAAAUGUGACCAGGAAUGUCGAAACACACUUGGUGGAUUUGCUUGUGAAUGUUACGAAGGAUAUGAAUUAAAUGGAACAACUGGAAAUACUUUUAGCAGCCUAAAUCAGAAGUGUCCUGCAUCAAACAGCUGUCAACAGUUGUGUGUACUAGUAAAUAAUACCCAGAUCUGUUCAUGUUUUUCUGGAUACAGCAUGAUUAAUAAUUCCUGUGUUGACAGAACUUUUAGAAGACAAAAAAACUUGCAGAGCUUGCCAAUAUGGCUUCUAUGGCCCCAACUGUGCUGAAAAUUGUACCUGCAACACUACCAACACCAAACCACAAAUCUGUUUUAUUGAAAAUGGAAAUUGUGAUUGUUUAAAAGGCUGGUCUGGUCCAGACUGCAGUACUGAUAUUGAUGAAUGUAGUAC